UUUAUUCAGUAGGAUUGUGAGGAAUAUAGCUCUGCACAAACGGAAAAAUGUAUCCUGCACCGGUGCGGCACCCUUCGGCGGGGGUAAGUGAUAUGCAAACGGUAAAAACUCACUCACUUCACCUCAGCACCCACUCAUCUACUGCUAAUCACACUACCCCAACUCCCACUAUGCCACCCAUUCAUGGCCCGCCACCACAAGGACCUCUUAAAUUCACUAUAGUGGACACUCUGGAACGCAUCAAAGAGGAAUUCAAUUUUUUGCAGGCUCAGUAUCACACACUAAAAUUGGAGUGUGAAAAAUUGGCAAAUGAAAAGACCGAAAUGCAACGUCAUUACGUAAUGUACUAUGAGAUGUCUUACGGACUAAAUGUUGAAAUGCAUAAACAGACGGAAAUUGCAAAACGCUUAAACACACUUAUUAACCAAUUGCUGCCCUUUUUACAAGCCGACCAUCAGCAGCAGGUCUUACAGGCGGUAGAGCGCGCGAAACAAGUAACCAUGCAGGACUUAAAUCUUAUUAUAGGGCAACAAAUACAUGUGCAACAGGUACCGGGAGGUCCACCUCAGCCAAUGGGUGCUUUAGGGCCACUUGGGGGGCCAUUUGGCGCUUUGGGAGCCUCUAUGGGCUUACCGCAUGGACCACAAGGUUUGUUGAAAGCACCUCCAGAACACCAUAGACCAGACAUUAAACCAACGGGCUUAGAAGGGCCGGCAAGUGCUGAAGAACGACUGCGUAAUUCGGUUUCUCCGGCAGAUCGUGAAAAAUAUCGCACACGUUCGCCCCUCGAUAUUGAAAACGACUCUAAACGUCCCAAGCAAGAAAAAUUGGAGGAUGAAGGAGAGAAAAGCGAUCAAGAUUUAGUCGUAGAUGUUGCAAAUGAAAUGGAAUCACAUUCUCCUCGGCCAAAUGGUGAACACUUGUCCAUGGAAGGUAGAGAUCGAGAAAGUUUAAAUGGAGAAAGGUUAGAUAAACCGGGUAGCAGUGGUGUGAAACCACCAUCAGAUAGACCACCUUCACGUUCAGGCUCUAGUUCGUCACGAUCAACGCCCAGCCUUAAGACAAAAGAUAUGGAUAAACCGGGCACCCCGGGUGCAAAAGCUCGCACUCCUACUCCCAAUGCAGCGCCGCCAGCACAAGGCGUUAAUCCCAAACAAAUGAUGCCCCAAGGAGGUCCUCCGCCGGCUGGUUAUCCAGCAUCACCAUAUCAGAGACCAGCCGAUCCAUACCAGAGACCACCCUCCGACCCGGCUUACGGAAGGCCACCACCUCUACCUUACGAUCCACACGCGCACGUUAGAACCAAUGGCAUUCCACAUCCGACUGCGCUUACCGGUGGAAAGCCUGCUUAUUCCUUCCAUAUGAAUGGCGAAGGUAGCCUACAACCAGUUCCGUUCCCACCAGACGCGUUGGUGGGUGUUGGAAUACCCAGACAUGCACGCCAAAUAAAUACUUUGUCACACGGUGAAGUGGUUUGUGCAGUUACCAUUUCAAACCCCACAAAAUAUGUGUACACAGGCGGUAAAGGAUGCGUGAAAGUGUGGGACAUUUCGCAGCCCGGGAACAAGAGCCCCAUUAGUCAGCUGGAUUGCUUGCAGCGCGAUAACUACAUUCGAUCAGUUAAGUUACUACCCGACGGAAGAACAUUGAUUGUAGGCGGUGAGGCGUCAAAUCUCUCCAUUUGGGAUCUUGCCAGCCCCACGCCAAGAAUUAAAGCUGAAUUAACGUCAUCUGCCCCAGCUUGUUAUGCGCUGGCAAUUAGCCCGGAUUCGAAAGUUUGCUUCUCAUGUUGCAGCGAUGGCAACAUAGCAGUUUGGGACUUGCACAACGAAAUAUUAGUGCGCCAAUUCCAAGGUCAUACAGAUGGUGCGUCUUGUAUUGACAUUAGCCCAGACGGUACACGACUAUGGACCGGUGGUCUCGACAAUACAGUGCGCUCAUGGGAUUUGCGUGAGGGCCGCCAGCUACAACAGCACGAUUUCAGCUCACAGAUUUUCUCAUUGGGCUAUUGUCCCACAGGCGACUGGCUGGCAGUCGGUAUGGAAAAUUCUCACGUCGAGGUUUUACACGCAUCCAAACCUGACAAGUAUCAAUUACAUUUGCAUGAAAGCUGUGUGUUGUCAUUGCGUUUUGCAACCUGUGGCAAAUGGUUCGUAUCCACAGGCAAAGAUAAUCUAUUAAAUGCUUGGAGAACACCUUACGGAGCAAGUAUAUUCCAGUCAAAGGAAACUUCCUCAGUACUUAGCUGCGACAUAUCAACUGACGACAAGUACAUUGUGACGGGAUCCGGAGACAAAAAGGCUACAGUUUACGAAGUAAUAUACUAAUCGAUAGUUGUUCUCCAACA